GUGAAAUCAGAUACACUGUAACCAUUGACGUUUACCAUGGAUAAUCGAAAGAGGUUAAACAAAGAAGAUCGAAAAGAUAAUCGACAGUCUGGAAAACUGAAGACGUAUUUCCUGACAAUAAACAAACCAAAUGGUGGUCAACAAAAGGAGCACUUUCCUAAGGAGGCUGUGAAGAGACCAAAGGUCAAGCAUAGCGACCUGCAUGCAGCUGGCUGGUUCCUGACCCUACUUAGCCUGGUCGGUGUCGUUCGGCCCAAGGAUGGGAGAGCAGAUGAGGGUGGAAGUGGUGUGGGGGAGCCAGUAGGGGGCGCUCACUGUAAGGUGAAGGAUCUGCCUCAGUCUGGGCAGAAGUUUGACAACACAAAGAAAGUCAAGACCAAGAGGAUGAAGAGAGACCAAGUGGAGACAAUCACUGAGAGAGAUCGAGGUCCAAAGUCUAACUCUCUUUUAACUGCAGGUCCCUCAACAUCUACAGGAGUUCAACACGUACAAUCUGGUGGGAAUGUCCAGAGUCAGACCGCCAGGGCUCCUGACCUCCAUGCCGUCAAACUAGAUUCUUUCAACGCUAUAUUCAUCAGUUUUCUGGAAGAACUAACAGCGGAGCAAUUGAAGCUGUUAAGAGGCUGCAGUAUGGACCCUGUGAUGAAGACACUACUUGCAGAGAUGUUGUCGGAGAGUGCACAGUUUGUGUCCGAGGCCGUGCUGGAGGUCAUCAUGCCUGCAGUUGUUAAAACACACGGGCCUGUGCCUCCAGUAUCCACCAAGACAAGACGCAGCGAUGUUAAGGUCUGCAAGAUUGGCCAAAACAACUCCUCAACACCCUCAUUAAGCUCCUCUUCUAAUGGGUCUCAGACAGGGGUACCAAGGACUCUGGGAGACGGUGGGUUUAAAUCGUCUGAGCCUCUCCGUGACCUUUUUGGAAUCACUGAGGAGAUCCUCCUCAGUGACAUCAAGGAUCCCUUUAGAGUGCUGAUAAGCAAAUUCCUUCGAGUCCAAAGAGAAGUCCAGCUAGAUACCCAAACUCUAUUCCGGGUUAUUGUUGAAGACGUAUCCAAGAAAGUCAACUCCAUGAUCUCUGACGCCAUCCAAACACCAAGGUUUACUGGGCUGCAGGGCCCUGUCAUUUUUUCCAGUGGUGGUGUCUCCAACACCAAGGUCAUUGAGGAGAUGGUGUCUGGUGCCUCCGUAGCACUUCAGAUGUUCGUUAAUGGACAGAACAUAGGAGAGCAGAACAUUGUUUUCGAUGAUGUCGAGGCGGAUAUAUCAAAUUUAACAGGACAACUCAUGACAGCCCUUAGUGAAACCGCUUUGUCCUGCGGCGACAAAGAGAGGGAGAAGGCCUACUCGGAGAAAGCGGAUUUGCUAGAUGUUGUUUGGGACAAUAUAAAAGAAUUAGUAACUGGCAACAGUUGGGAGGGAAAGCUAAGAUAUGGACAGGCUCACCACAGUGGCCAUGGUGCAAAAUGGAACAUAAGCCUGUCAACACAGAGUAUGGACAGGUUACUCACUCAGGAGUUUCAGACCAAGGCCACUGAUACGAUCAGGAACGUUACUAGAAGAUUCUUCUAUUACUCGUCUUGUUGUUCUGUAGUUCCGUCAACUAUGUCAAUACAUUACAUGAGCGAGAUGGGAAACCUUUGGGAACGCAACUCUGCUAUAAUGGACCCUGAUGCCACCGAGUUGCUAAAUACUUUUGUUUCCAAGAUGACCAGUCUCACACAGUCCAUCAGAUCAUCCAGCUCUCCAGCAGAGAGAGAGCAGAUCCUCCUUGAAAACCAUCAGUGUAAGAUCUGGUCUUGCACUGUUGAUUGUUAUAACAGCAUGAAGAGCACACUGAAGCGGAUUUUUGUGUGUCCCAAAGAAGAGAUUUUGGGUACAUUUGUGGAACCCACCGCUGGUUCGUCAACACUGGUUGCAACAUUACGCCCCGGUCUCGCCUCCCAAAUGUUAACGCAAAACCAUGUCCUCUUUGACACUGCUAAAGAGAUUGUCAACCAGGUUCUGGCCUUAUCUAAUGGAGGGAGUAAUUCUGAAAUGUCUUUGGCGGCCAAUGGAUUUGUGGAUGCCAUCUUGGCUGACUUGAAUGGUUCCACUGAUUUGGAUGCGUCGGCAACUGUAGCCUCUGAAAUUGUCAAAACCAUGGCUAAAGAUGUUGAUAGCUUCACCCAGAUGAUUCAAGUGUCUGGCAGUGCUGUGUCAGCUAAAGACCAGAUUGGAACCUUCUCAACAACCCUGGGAGAUUUAGCUGCUCCACCGUCUCAAGUAUCAGGACAGAAGGCUGCUUACCUACAGCAGUUCUGCCACCUCCACUACUUCCUCAAAUGUUUAUCGUGA